GUUUCUUCUCGGUUUGAUCCAUUGGGUCUAAUUGCUUCAGUCUGCCUUACGACCAAACUUCUCUUGCAAAAAUUAUGAAAAUCCCAAAAAGGCUGGGACCAGACUCUCAAUAAGCCAUACAUGUCCACGUGGCUAAAUUGAGUGAAUUAUAUGCGUCGGCUGGGUCAUGUUUCUGUGGCUCAAGGGAUCAAGAAGAGAAUCGACGAACCUGGAGUGAAGGUAGAAUUACAUUUGUUCAGUGUUGCGUCAGAGUUUGAUAAAAGAGCAGCGGCUUACGCACCAGUUAGUUAUUUGAAGAAACCACCAUACUGUAUCUUGCUGUACAGCAAGUCUAGUGUACCACCUAUCGAAGAAAUCACUAAACCGAAGCUUGAGAUGUCGGCAUCGGUGUUAGGUAUAAGGGCAAGUGAAGUCUUACGGAGGGUCUGCCCAAAUUUUUCUGCCAUUUGAACUUCCAUACAGACUCCAUGAUAGUGUUAUACUACAUUGAAAAUAUCGAGAACCGAUAUUGCAUCUAUAUGGCCAACCGCCUCGCUGUUGUGCAGCAGUAUACGAAGGUUGAACAAUGGAGUUAUGUCAAGUCGUCACAGAAUCCAGCUGAUUGGACCGCGAGAUAUAAACAAAAAAUGAAUGAUCAUGAAUCUUGGUUCAAAUGUCCUAGUUUACCGCACGUCGAAUUUUGUAUAACAAUCACUGGUUGUUCGGAGCCUACUCCUGACGAUAUUGAGUUUAGAAAAAC